CCGCCAUCGAGGCGGAAGCGGGAGGGCGACGUCACUCCCACAAUGCCCCGCACAAUGGGGCCGCCGGGGCCUGGGCCGGAGCCGCGCCUGGCGGGGCCCGGGGGAACGGGGUAGCUUCGAAGCUGGCACAGAUGGCUGGGCUCUUUCAGAGGAGAAGCAGCAACUACCUGGUGAAGGCAGCAGAGGCUCCUGGAAUGUGUGUGCAGCUCUGAAGCAGGAGGUGGAGAUGUUUUGCUGUUAAAGGAGUUUGGUCACAGAGGGAUCCAACAGGCAACUGCACUGGGACAACAUCACAGCAAGGCACCCGCAGGCUCGAGUUCUGCUGGACAUGGCCAUGUUCUACUAGACCUGCCAUGACGGCAUUUUUUCCCAGUGUUCCCAACUGGAUUCAAGAUGCAAAGCAGGAGGAGGAAGAGACAGGCUGGAAAUUAGUCCCCAGACCAAGAGGUGAAGAGCCGGAAAGUCAGGGAAAGUGCCAAUGUGAAAUAUCAGAGGCCUCCUUCACAGCCGUGGACAAGCUGAGAGCUCACACGCUUCCUCACAGCGAGCAGAGGCCGUACAACUGCCCGCAGCUGCACUGUGGCAAAGCCUUUGCGUCCAAGUACAAGCUCUAUAGGCAUAUGGCCACGCACUCUGCUCAGAAGCCUCAUCAGUGCAUGUACUGCGAGAAGAUGUUUCACCGGAAGGAUCACCUCCGGAACCACCUCCAGACCCACGACCCCAACAAGGAGGCUCUUCACUGCCCCGAGUGCGGCAAGAACUACAACACCAAGCUGGGCUUCAGGCGGCACCUGGCCAUGCACGCGGCGGCCAGCGGGGACCUCAGCUGCAAGGUGUGCCUCCAGACCUUCGAGAGCACCCAGGUCCUGCUGGAGCACCUCAAGGCGCAUUCGAGGCGGGCUUCUGGUGGAGCCAAGGAGAAGAAGCAUCCGUGCGACCACUGUGACAGGCGCUUCUACACCCGCAAGGACGUGCGGAGACACUUGGUGGUGCACACGGGGCGGAAGGACUUCUUGUGCCAGUACUGUGCCCAGAGGUUUGGCAGGAAGGAUCACCUCACCAGGCACAUGAAGAAAAGCCACUCCCAGGAACUGCUGAAGAUUAAGACGGAGCCAGUUGACAUGUUGGGCCUCCUGAGCUGUAGCUCCUCUGUUGCAGUGAAAGAGGAGCUGAGUCCCGUCCUGUGCGUGGCAUCCAGAGACAUGAUAGGUGGUAAGAGCUUCCCGGGCAUGCUGCCCGUGGGCAUGUACAGCACUCACCUCCAAACCGUGCCGAGCUCAGGGAUGCCCCAUUCUUUGGUUCCUAACUCUCUUCCAAUGGGAGUGAGCUAUCCUCUGGAGUCGUCUUCCCCCAUCUCUUCCCCACCGCAACCUCCUCCAAAGUAUCAGCUUGGAUCUACCUCAUAUUUGCCUGAGAAACUACCCAAAGUAGAGGUGGACAGCUUCUUGUCAGACUUCCCUGGCAGCCUGUCUCUCUCAUCUGGUGAGCCUCAGUCCUCUUCACCUCAGCCACCCCCUCUGGAUGAGGCUUUGCUUUCCAAGAGCCCUGCGAACCUUUCAGAGGCUCUCUGUGCUGCUAACAUGGACUUCUCUCAUCUUCUCGGCUUCCUCCCCUUAAAUCUUCCUCCUUGCAAUCCACCUGUGUCCUCAGGGGGAUUGGUCAUGGGCUACUCACAGGGGGAGACACAGCCACUGCUUACCACUUUGCAACACCAACCUCAAGAAUCUCCUGGAGCUGGGGCCUCGCUGAACUUUGGGCCCCUUCAUUCACUGCCCCCUGUCUUCACCUCCAGCUUGAGCACAACCACGCUGCCACGUUUCCACCAGGCAUUCCAAUAAGCUGGAAACAGCACUGGAGAACAGAUCUUUCAGUCACCCUUCAGUGGAGAGCCUUAAAAACGCACAACUCUUACUCCCCUUUGGGGUGUGAAAGCUUGGCAAAGCUGUUUCCGACGGGAGGUUUCUGAUCUCUAGAGGGAGCACUUGUAGACUGGAACAGGAGAUACCCCCCUGCGAGUCCCAGUCCUGUACAGUGAGAAGAUUUCAGCUCAGAGACUGGAUCCAUUUGAUGUAAUUGUUAAUCUGUGAAUCAGGAGCCGCGCUUAGCACUGACCUUCCCCUAGCCCCCGGAGCUGCCCGUGUUCCUCCUGGGGAAGGGACUGUACCUGAGAAGGAGUUGAGACUCUUUCAUCGUGGGCUAAACGUCUGAAGAGUCCAGCUUCCAUUUCAUGUUCCCACACUGCAGUUCUGGCCCAAGAGCCAGCACCUCCACAUGGAGGAGGAGACGUCAGGAUACCCACCCUGUAUGAAGCCAUGGGGAAGAGGCCGACCUUCCCCACUACCUCUCACCCAUCACCUAACAGCUUACUCCACCCAGCGCCGCUUACUCCACAUCAGUGUUAAGCAACGAGACCGUUUACACGGUGACUUCAGAGCCGUCACCUCAUUCUCCUCCGAGGAGCCCUUAGGUUAAACUCAGCACAGCGCCAUUGUUUACACAACUCAGAUCUCUUCCUGCCAUUACAAGAAUAGGAGGCACCAGAAUACACCAGGAUUAUCCCUGGUGGAACUAGAACACUGUUUACACGAUGAAGUCAGGUUGCACUGAUUUCUCUUCACUGCUCAUGUUCUUCCCCCAUGGGGAAACCCUCUGCUUCUGGACCACUGCAGCCCCUGCACCGCCGCUUCCCGCGUGUCCCUCUGGCUGUCCACGUCUCGAGGGGAUGGAGCAGCGCUCGCAGCUGAGCUUGUUCACGUGGGGUGUGGGUAGAGCCCUUGAAACCUCUCCCACAGGCAGACAGAUGGUGCAUCUGUUCUGGAAACCAAAGCUGGGUUGGGGCUGGGGGCAUU